CCAGGAUCGAGGAAGAUGCCUUAGGGGUCAACACACUUUCAACAUGGCGACGUGCAUGUCGGUAAUAUAACAGGUGGAAAAAUUCGUCCUUUUUCCUUGGACUGAAAGGGCAGCGCUUAAAAAACGUAGGACACCUUGUUUUAACAUAACGUUCAUACAGUUGUGCCACAGAUGAAUUAAAAUGUCUUUUCUUGGAAGUCUGAAACCAGUGCUGUCGUCUGUUUUGCAGGCAUCGCGCUCUGUACCUUUCUGGUCUGGACCUGUGUUCACCAGGACCAUGGCCACUCUCAAUCAGAUGCACCGUAAGGGCAAACCUCCCCCACGUCGUCCAAAACUUGGUGCCACUUUCGGGCGUCCCCAGCUCAAAGCAGUAGUGCUGAAGACUAUGAUCAGGAAACCCAAGAAGCCCAACUCGGCCAACCGCAAGUGUGCACAAGUACGACUGUCCAAUGGUAAAGAAGCUGUGGCAUACAUCCCUGGGGAAGGACACAACAUCCAGGAGCACAAUGUGGUGCUCAUACAAGGAGGGAGAACACAGGACUUACCAGGGGUCAAAAUCAACGUGAUCAGGGGCAAAUACGACUGCGCACAUGUUGUGAAGAAGAAACAGUAAUUACCAGAACUGGGUACAACUGCAUAUAUAACCGUAAUCACCUGGAUGCCAACGAAUGAACUUGUGAACACGAAUAAACGUACAUUUUCCGUUCCAACAGUGA